AUGUCAGCCCCACUCCUUGACUCUGAGAUCGAUGCACACGACGCGCCUCCCCCUUACGAUGCCGUGGCCAGCCCGGGGGAAUCAGCGGACCUCCCGCCAGAGAAAGUACCGCCGCAGGACGACAUAGAAGACCAGGAUGAGUCAGUGCACGACACAGAGCCUCCCCCGCCAUUUACGGUCACGCCCGGAACCCUCAUCCUAGCUCCUUGUGCUGUGCUCAUACGAGGCGCCGUUCCGGGAGCAAGACCACUCUAUCAGCUCUCACGGCCGCUCAACGGCCACACAAUGACAUUCAACCUGAUGAACAUGCCCGCGGAUCGGCGUCUAAAAGAAGAUGGCACUCUCAAGGAAAUAUGGGAGCGCGACAAGCUCUACAAAAUCUACAAGCAUCGCGACUUGACUCAUAUGAAUGCGCAAAUAGCCGAAGUGAGCUCCCAGAAGCCGAACCAAUUCGAUGACGUUCGCCUGAAGAAGGAGACCUCGAUCGGCUUGACUGGUGUGAGGAACUCCUUCGAAGCGACAUGGGGUGAGGAAGAAAAGAGAAAGAAGCUUUACCACGCACGGCAGAAGAAAGGGAUUUUGGAAUGGCGGGAUAGCGCAGACACGCUCAUCGCUAUUGACAACCCGGCAGUUGCGAGAAAGUUCCAGAAUGAGAGUCUGGAAAUCCUUGUUUCCCUCGACAAAAAACACCUGGAUCUGUUGGUGGCACUUUGGAUGGCGAGGAUAUGGCAUGACACCCAAGCGGAAGGGCUGAAAGAGGACAAAGAAGACGCGAAGCAGCGCAAGGCUGAGCAGAAGCAACUAGACAAAGAGGAAGGCAGGCCGUAUGGACCAGUGCAUGACAUGAAGGAAGCUUUGGGGAUCGGGUAUGGGUUGAAGACUCGGGCUGACGGGCUGACGGGAGGCAUGCCCGCUAUCAGCCAGAGUGGGCGGAUCAACUGGGGUGGGUCGAAGAGCUAA